AUGGAAGAAUCGUUACCUAUUGGAAUUGACGAUGGCAAGAAGCGAAAGAAAACGCUAAUCGUAGUCGUUAUUGCGCUACUAACACUUAUUUUACUGACUCUUAUAUUUUUUGCGUUGUUCUAUGUUUUUCAUUAUAAUGGUAAGUAUUUUCUUUGACUUUUUGUAUAUAUUUUUUUAGUUUACGUAUACUAACAUUUACAAAAAUUCUGAACUACUUUUGAAACUUACAAAGCUGAAAGCACCCAAUCUGCCCCGCUUAACGUCAGCUCAAAAUUUUUAUGGAUUUUUUGUACCACCAAUAGCACCCAUAAAAAAGUUUAGCUCGAGCCAUUGAGUAUUAAUUUUGAAUUAUUUUGCUUUCCUGCCAAUUAAGCAAAUUUGGCAUGGAAUUUCAAUCACUUUUCGGCUUUCCAGACACGAUACGCUUACAAACCGCAUCAGCAACUACAACCUGGCCUUUCAUAAACAAAACAACCACUGAGUCUAUUAAAACAACCAAGGUGUCUCAUACAACCACAGAAGUGCCUUAUAAAACAACCACUGAAAUUUACACGAAAACCAAAGCGCCUCAUACGACAGCCAUCGUGCCAUAUACAACCACAAAAAGGCCUGACAAAACAACCAUUCAGCCUUAUACAACAGCUAAGCCAGACACCACGAGUGGUCCAAAAACCGACACUACUAGUGGUAUCACAACUGAUGGUACAACAACUGCCACUAGUGGUGGUACAACACCUGACACUACUGGUGCACCUGACACUACUGGUGCACCUGACACUACUGCAGCACCUGACACUACUGGUGCACCUGACACUACUGCAGCACCUGACACUACUCGUUCACCUGACACUACUGCAGCACCUGACACUACUGGUGCACCUGACACUACUGGUGCACCUGACACUACUGCAACACCUGACACUACUCUUUCACCUGACACUACUGCAGCACCUGACACUACUGGUGCACCUGACACUACUGGUGCACCUGACACUACUGCAGCACCUGACACUACUGCUGCACCUGACACUACUCGUUCACCUGACACUACUGCAGCACCUGACACUACUGCUGCACCUGACACUACUCGUUCACCUGACACUACUGCAGCACCUGACACUACUGGUGCACCUGACACUACGGGGAACGGACACUUCGCGGGUGGACACUUCGCGGGGGCACCCGCGAGUUGGGAUGUUCCACUUCGCGGGAACCAACGAAGUGUCCAUAAAGUAUGGACACUUCGCGGGUGGAGAUAUAUAGUAAAUACUAUGGAUUUGGCAAUAUUUAUGUAA